AUGUUCAAUGUCAAACCCUUUUGUGCUUCUGAAGAUGCUGGUGGAGGAGCAUAUUAUUUUGCAAAAAAAGAUAUUGAUGCAAGAAGAAGAGCUCAAAAUUUGGCUAAAAUUAGACCAGAAGAAAAAUUAGAAUGGUGGGAAAAAAUUGAACGAGAUUCCAAGAAAGAUGGAUCAACUUCAACAUCUAAUAGUACUAAUGCUAACAAUCCUAAAACUAAUGGCAAUACUAGCAGUACACCAAAAACUUCUGUUGGUGAUAAAACAUAA